AUGUCAGUAACAGGUUUGCCAACAUUACAACAAGAUAUAAUACGCUAUGGUUUGUCCGUUUACUUUGCACUGGGCUUGCUAGGCAAUAUUUUCAAUUGUCUUAUGUUCACACGAUCAUGUUAUCGUCACAUACCAAGUUCAGUAUAUUUUCUGGCUCUUUCAAGCUUCGGUAUUAUCUAUAUCAUUUGGACUAUGUUUCCAUUGAUGUAUACACUUAAUAAUCCUGAUCCUCAAACACAAUCGGCAAUUUAUUGUAAAACACAAAAAUAUGAUAUGGAGACAAAUGACAAGUGUAGUUUGUGCGGCAAAAAGAUUCAAGAAGGGGAAACCAUAAAGACGAUGGUAAACGGUCUGCUCGGCCAUCAAGCGUGUCUAAAAAAAAUUUUUGAUAUCCCUACGCAAGUGUACAACCCAAACGGAGUCAGAAAUCCGCUGAGUUCAAGUGAAUCCACUCUGCAUACAAUACAGAUAGACGAAAAUCAUUGGAAAUGCAAAGAUUGUUCGACGCAAAAUGUCAACUCAACUAGACGAUGCGGAGGGUGUGGUAAAACGCGAUCUAAUCAAAAUACAUCUGGCAGUAGUGCGUGGAACACGGCACUAAACGGGGAAGAAUGUGGGCCCACAUCGGCACCCGGUGCACCAAAAUCUUCUGAACGAUACCUGCCUGCAAAAUUAGAUAAAAAAGGCACCUACGAUGAUGAUGAUGAUGAUGAUGAUGAUGUGCGAUAUGAAUCGAAAAGCACUUCAGGUAAAAACGCAUAUCCUCAACAUCAUCAAGAUAAAAUACUUGCCGAAGAAAAGAAACAUCGAAAACCAGUAAGUUAUGAAGACGAUGACAGUGACGAUUCCGAGCCGAAAGUCGCAUCUAGCAAGAGGCUAUAUCCUGAACUUCCUCAAGAUGAAAAGCCUAUCAAAGGGAAGAAAACGUCGAAACCAAGCCACCAUUCUGAUGAUGAUGACGAAGAUCGAUCGACUGCAAAGUCGAAAAAACCAAUACCAUCAACAGGAAAGAAGUCAGAAAAAACUCGCAGUCCAUCGCCAUCCACGUCGAAACAAUGGGCAACGGUUUAUAUUACUGAUUUGCCAGUGCAUAUACAGAGCAAUUCCAAAAUGGAAGCACUAAUUAGUAAGCGAGUAGAAGACAUGCUGCAAAGUAAGCCAAAGGAAGUCAAAUGCUAUUCAAAACUAGGCAUCGGUGUUAUUUGUGUGGCCAAUAAUGAACGGAAAAAUCGUCUGUUGAACACCUUUGGUAGAAUUGCAUUAGAUCCGAAAGAUGGAAAAAAUUACAUUGUAUUUGUUGAAGACAUUCAACUUAUUUCAUAUAUGGUUCUUGAAGUUACAAAAGAGGAAGAGAACCAAAUGUUACCAACAGCAACUGACAUAUCGCGUCGUUGGGUCGAACUACAUAAAGGAGAAAGGCCAGUAUCGUGUGACGUAUUAAACGCUCAGUUUCCAAAUAUUUAUCGAGUUAUUUCGUCAUCGUUGGAGGAACUUACCAAUCCAUCACUUGAUGGAGCUUUCCGUAUAAACAAAUUCCUAGGUCACAUAUAUUAUUGUGCGGAUUGCUGUUUCUUUGAAGAUUUACCUCGUACAAUCACGAAACAACGUAUACACGACGCGAUUGCUAUGGAAAUUAAACAAUCAAGCCUUUCUCAGACUUCUCUCUAUGUUCAAGUAAAUAAACGAUCGGAUUCUAUGUGUGUUAUUUCCGCAGAUGAAGCAAGAUCAUGGUCAGCAGAAAGUUUCAUUACUAUCGAUAAAACUAUGUUACGAAAGAAAACUAAUCUUGCAUGUCGAUUAGUAAUACAUCCAAUUCCAGAAUCAUACUCUAUUCAAAAUAUCAUUAAACAUCGACAAUUCCAAAAUGCUGUAACGUCUCAUAAACUUGUUGGAGAUCGUCUUAUUCUGGAAUUUUCCGAUAAAAAUGUGUUUGACCAAUGUUUAGACCGUGGUGCACUUCGACUUGAUAGUGGCGAAGUUCUCAGUGUAGAUCUUUGUAAUUCCUUAAAUAAUCCAGAUGGAAGCGACAUUGAUGACGAGACAUGGUAUAGAGCGGACAUGCUACAAAUGAAACCGGAUAUAAUGCAAUUUUUAAAUAAUCCUAAACAUAAAAUUUUUCGUCUUCGAUGGAAUGCACAGCUCUGGAGUGAGCAAUUCGAACGCGUGGCAAAACAAAAACGUGAUCCAGCUCAUGGUGCAGUACAUGAUCCAAACAAUUCAACACCGGAUCAGAUUCGUCAUUUACUUCGCGUCACUGUCAUGUUGAAUACACUUGCUGUAAUGCAAAAACGAAGCUUUAUGAUCAAGGAUCGUGAAAUACAAUUGAGAUUGAAAAAUCAAUUGGAGACUAUCGUAUAUAAUCAUAAGUCAACCAUCGAAAAAACAGAAAAAUUACCAUUAAAGAAAAUGCCGUACUCUCGGACUAAGAUUCGUGUUGUUCGUAAUGAUUGCUUGAUUGAAUAUGAAAACAUGGUCAAGAAGGGAAAACGACCUGUUCUUCUUAAUAUGGCAAGUGCAACCAGUCCCGGCGGUGGUUUUCGCAAAGGUGAUGGUGCACAAGAAGAGAAUAUUUUUCGUCGAUCUGACUAUUGUCGAAGUCUUGAUGUUGGUCUUGACGAUUUUCUUCGAGAACGUGUUGAUCGUUUUUAUUGUUCUUCUGACUGUCGUCUUGAUCGUGUAUCGGAUCCGAAUAGUAUGUAUCCAAUGGAUGAAUAUGGUGCUAUUUAUACAACAGGUAUCACCGUCUUUCGACAACCAGAAGAAACGGGUUAUGCGUUUAUGGAAAAACCACUAGAAGAUGUUUGCUCAAUUGCAAUGGCUGCAUAUCGUGAUCCAGAACUGAAGGGCAAUUUCUUAGCACCAAAAUACGCCGUAGGAACAAGAAAAAAGAUCGAAAAUAUUUUUGCUAUUGCCCAUCAUCAUAAACAUGACUGUUUAAUUCUAUCAGCCUUUGGCUGCGGAGCAUUUAAAAACCCACCUGAUCAUGUCGCCAAACUCUUCUAUUCGGUUAUCGAACAAUAUGCUGGCCUUUUUGAUACCAUUGUUUUCGCCAUCGUUGAUGAUCAUAACGCUGGCCGUCAGCUUAAUCCAGAUGGGAACUUUAAACCUUUCGCUGAUGUCUUAGAUGAUCGAUAUGUAGAACCACCUACAUCAAUAGAUAAUCCAGACACCAUAAUAGGUCCAUAUCUACUCUUAAGUGAUGGAGUAAAUGUUGCUGAUGUGAAAAUAUUCCACCAAACACCUUGUAAUCAUGGUGCUAAGUGCGUUGAAAUGUACGAUUCUCACCAUAAUAACCAGUUCUCUCAUCCACCACUUUGUAUUCAAGCAGCGACUGAUGGAAAAUGCAAGCGAACAGAUGAUGUUAUUCAUAUGACAUCAUUCAUUCAUCGAAAUCAAUGUCGAGAUGGUGGUUUGUGUAAAAAGAUCAAUGAUGAAAGUCAUAGCCGAGAAUUCGAACACCCAAGCUAUUGUCCUGAAGAAGGUCGUUGUCAGAAUCAAGAAAGCGCCCAUUUAAAACAAUAUCGACAUUUACCUCUUUGUGAAAAGGGACUCAAAUGUAUGGAAUAUCAAAGAGAAAUUACCAGUCAUUGCAAUAAAUAUCGUCACUGUGCUCCACAAUGUUCCCAUGGUGGUCUAUGCGCGAUGUUUCAUGACAGAGAACAUGUCGAAGAGUUUAAACAUCCGUUUGCUUCACCCUGUCCUCGAACACCAUUUGAUUGUCCUCAUUUUAUAGCCUUAUCAGAAGCCAACAACACUCAAGGUCUCCCUCAUUCUAUUCAAGAACAUUGUAUUAAGUAUGCCCAUGUAUGCAGAAAGGGCCGUUACUGUACUGAUAACACUUCAUUACAUUUAUCUAAGACAAUUCAUGUCGCUCGUAACGAGUGUUCAUCUGGAGAUCGAUGUAAACGGCUAGCUGACGAAGAACAUUUAAACUCAUUUUCACAUCCCAAUGUUCCCGAUGUUCGACCAGUCUGUCAGUAUGGGGACAAAUGUCGCGAACAGCAUAAAUUUGAUCAUAAAGUUAGUUAUCGGCAUCCAUCAACAAGUGCAGACGGGGUAGUACAAUAUUAUGGUUCGAAUGAGGAUACUGAUUUUGUACAAAAUCAAAAGCGAAAUGUACUGGCAGUUGAAGACUUCAUUUCAAGAAAUAAUUGGAAACCCUUACCGUCAGGGUCAAUUCCUCAUGAGAUUCUCCAUUGGGUGCGUACCGUAAAACCUAUUCACCGAUGCAGUCCGCUUAUAUUUGAGUCAAUAUUUUUACACGGUCAUGUGAUGAGUCGUGAAUACAUGGAACACUUGAAAGAUCCGGCUUUCGUUGCUAAUUCUGUUUUGCAUCAUACUCGGAUACGUCGUAUCGAAGAACUCAAGGAAUGCGAAGAUGAUGCUAGACUAUAUGUAACUGCAUUGGUCGCAUUAGAAUUUGAGAAUAAAGGUUUUCAUGCAGGAACUGGAGUUCCUAUAGAUUUGUUCAAGACAGACGCAGGUAAAGAUGUUUCAGGUUACUCUAACAAACAAAUAUAUGAAUACGCCAUCAAGAAGAAAGAAGCUCGUCUGAUACAUUUAAUACAAAAAAAGGAUCUAGCUGUUUUGCGCGAGAAAGCUAUCGAAAUUGCUCAAGCUUCAAUUGAACUUCAUUCAACACCAGCUGGUAUUGGUCAUCCACCUGACAAAGCGUUGGGCACUGAUAAACAGGUGUUCAGCGUUCUUGGACCGAACUUCGGUCACUAUUAUGGUGAUGUUAUUAUUGUUUUCAAACGAGAAAUCUUACAUCAUCCUGACGCAAAUUACUCCAUGCAAGCAGCCACAAUGUUUCCCAGUGGAAAUGUUUACAAAUUGCGACCGUGGCUAGGUCCUGAUUCUGGUGAUGUUACAGAACGAAUAAAACAUUAUCACCGAACGAAGCUGCAUGCAUCCAUACCAGGAUAUGAGUAUGCUACCGCUCUCGAACUCAUAGCACUAAUUAGUCAUCAGAAAAGAUCAAAGAAAAUGGAUAUUAGUCUUGAUGAAAUUUUUGAUCAAUGGCUUCAAAAUGAUGCUCAUCACAAUAUUGAAGCACAUUUACCGCAGCUGAUUCCGCUCGAUUAUAUUGAUCACAUUUAUAUACCAAAAAAUUUGUUUGCUGCGCUUAGUGAAAAAACUAAGCAAGCAAUUGAUGCUCUUUUCAAACAUCACAUUACUCUUGUCCCACACGAUGGCGUAGCUAAUCAUGAAAGGGGACCAUUCGGACCAAACCCAAGAAUACCAUCACGAUCAAAAUAUCAAGAUUUUGUAGCUAAGAAAUUAAUCGAAGAAUACAAAGAUAAUGACAUUCAUUCUUCAACACAUUCCGUCGAAGGUGCAGUUAUUACUGUUCCUUCAUCAGCUUUUGAUGAUCAUUAUCUUCUACCUCUAACGAUAUCUCAAGCAUUUGCACAAUAUCGUAUUGAAAAGGCACAUCACACAUCUAAAGACAACAUUACCUAUAUCUAUUGGAAGGCUAUGCAUGGAGAUAUGAUGUUAACAUUAUCCAACGAACAGAUCAGUAACGAUGAGAAUCAGCCAAAUCUUCGUUGUUUGAUUUGCUACAUUGCACCAAAACCUGCAAUCAGUGAUGACGACGAUUAUCAUGAAGAAAUUUCCUAUUUGGCGGCUGCACAUCCAUUCAAACAUGUGAUGAUUCUCAGCAAAAGAUCAUAUAAAGCUAAAUCAAAUACUUUCUAUCGUGGCUGUAACGAUCCGGCUUUCGUUGCUAAUUCUGUUUUGCAUCAUACUCGGAUACGUCGUAUCGAAGAACUCAAGGCAUGCGAAGAUGAUGCUAGACUAUUUGUAACUGCAGUGGUCGCCUUAGAAUUUGAGAAUAAAGGUUUUCAUGCAGGAACUGGAGUUCCUAUAGAUUUGUUCAAGGCAGACACAGGUAAAGAUGUUUCAGGUUACUCUAACAAACAAAUAUAUGAAUACGCCAUGAAGAAGAAAGAAGCUCGUCUGAUACAUUUAAUACAAAAAAAGGAUCUAGCUGUUUUGCGAGAGAAAGCUAUCGAAAUUGCUCAAGCUUCAAUUGAACUUCAUUCAACACCAGCUGGUAUUGGUCAUCCACCUGACAAAGCGUUGGGCACUGAUAAACAGGUGUUCAGCGUCCUUGGACCGAACUUCGGUCACUAUUAUGGUGAUGUUAUUAUUGUUUUCAAGCGAGAAAUCUUACAUCAUCCUGACGCAAAUUACGCCAUGCAAGCAGCCACAGCGUUUCCCAGUGGAAAUGUUUAUAAAUGGCGACCGUGGCUAGGUCCUGAUUCUGGUGAUGUUAGAGAACGAAUAAAACAUUAUCACCGAACGAAACUGCAUGCAUCCAUACCAGGAUAUGAGUAUGCUACCGCUCUCGAACUCAUAGCACUGAUUAGUCAUCAGAAAAAAUCAAAGAAAAUGGAUAUUAGUCUUGAUGAAAUUUUUGAUCAAUGGCUUCAAAAUGAUGCUCAUCAGAAUAUUGAAGCACAUUUACCGCAACUGAUUCCGCUCGAUUAUAUUGAUCACAUUUAUAUACCAAAAAAUCUGUUUACUGCACUUAGUGAAAAAACUAAGCAAGCAAUUGAUGCUCUUUUCAAACAUCACAUUACUCUUGUCCCACACGAUGGCGUAGCUGAUCAUGAAAGGGGACCAUUAAGACCAAAUCCACAAAUACCAUCAAGAUCAAAAUAUCAAGAUUUUGUAGCUAAGAAAUUAAUUGAAGAAUACAAAGAUAAUGACAAUCAUUCCUCAACACAAUCCGUCAAAGGUGUAGUUAUUACUGUUCCUUCAUCAGGUUUUGAUGAUCAUUACCUUCUACCUCUAACGAUAUCUCAAGCGUUUGCACAAUAUCGUAUAGAAAAGGCACACCACACAUCAAAAGACAACGUCAUCUACAUCUAUUGGAAGGCUAUGCAUGGAAAUAUGAUGUUAACAUUAUCCAACGAACAGAUCAGUAACGAUGAGAAUCAGCCAAAUCUUCGUUGUUUGAUUUGCUACAUUGCACCAAAACCUACAAUCAGUGAUGACGACGAUUAUCAUGAAGAAAUUUCCUAUUUGGCGGCUGCACAUCCAUUCAAACAUGUGAUGAUUCUCAGCAAAAGAUCAUAUAAAGCUAAAUCAAAUACUUUCUAUCGUGGCUGUAACGGUCAGGAUUUUAUGACAUUUUGUUUACAAAUUCAUCGGUCAACAGGAAAAGUUAUUCUGUCACAUGCUGGUCCAAAUGGAAUCUAUAAUCAUGAAGAAAUAUCAUGCACAUUCGAUCGAUCAGAACUUGAUUUAAAUAAGAUGGAAUAUAUUCAUGUCAGUGCUGGCUCACACUCAGAAGCUGUUCGAAAUUUAAUUGUCUGUUUUGAGAAGCAAUCGAGCAUGCAUCCAACAUUUGACACAGAUUACGAGAGAGAUUUUGCUCCUGCAACAGAAAACAAACCACGCAAAGAACAUUCAGAUACCGAUCAUCGUAAACCGAAUAAAGAUCCUCAUGACGUGCCAGCAAAAGCAUCUGCUAAGGACGAGCCAGAAGAGGAAGGAUUGAUCACGAAAGCACUUAAUUUUUUCAAAGGUAGUAACAAUUCAGGGACAAAGCUGUGUUCAGACAAUGUCAACUGUUUGAAACAAUAUUCAACUGAUGGAAGAGAGCAUAAUGCUAAGUUCGUUCAUCCAUGUCCUUUUUCAGAAAAAUGUCGCGAUAAAGAUUCGCAUACAACACACACUCACGAACCACACGACGCGCCUAGAUGUUCCUACGAUAGAGACUGCAAGAAAUUAAAUGAUCCUUAUCAUCGAGCUGCUUACCGACACACAGGUCGUCCAGAUUUUCUACAACCGUGUCGUUAUCAAAAAGGUUGCAGGGAUAAAACCUAUGAUCAUCGCAUGAAAUAUUCUCAUGGUGAAGAGGUAUUCACAAAAUCAUCAUCAUCAUCAGCGGCAGCAGCAGCAGCAGCACCUUCUAAAGAAGAAAGUGAAAAACAUGAAUCCCACGAUCAUAGUGAGCAAACACCAUGCAGAGACGGACGUAGCUGUCGUGACAUCUCAACUGAUCACCGAAAACAGUUCUCACAUCCGUCGACUACAACAGCUAAUCGUGCAGGAAAUAAAAGCAAAACUCCAUGCAAAUUCGGCGUGAAAUGUCAUAAUUUCGACACGGACCAUCGAGCCGACUAUAGUCAUCCUGAUAAAUCAUAA